AUGUCAUCCAACGGGGAGCACACCACCGUCCUGCGCGGCGUCACCCACGGCGCCUGCGACUUCCUUAUUAAGCCGGUCAGGAUAGAGGAGCUGCGCAACAUCUGGCAGCACGUCGUGCGGCGGCAAAAGUCGCUGUCCCACAGCGAAAAGGACGCCGACGGGGACGGCACUAUGGAUUCUGAAAACAACUCGCGGAAGCGGAAGGAGGGGGGCAGCACGUCCGGCGGGGAGGUGCGCGCGCCGCCGCCCGCGGACCCUCGGCCCCUCGCCGCCCUGCGCGACGAGGAGGGCAGCAGCUCCAAGAAGCCGCGGGUCGUGUGGAGCGUGGAGAUGCACCAGCAGUUUGUGGCGGCGGUCAACCAGCUCGGGAUUGAGAAGGCGGCCCCCAAGAAGAUCCUUGAGUUGAUGAAUGUUGAGGGUCUCACCCGCGAGAACGUGGCCAGCCACCUGCAGAAGUACAGGCUGUACCUCAGGAGGGUCCAGGGGGUCCAUUCCGGCGGCGACGGCGCUGGGGACGUCGGCGGCAGCGGCGGCGGCGCAAAGCCCGACGCGGCGGGCCCCGAGCAGCAGCAGCAGCCUCCGGAGCCGCAGCAGCAGCAGCAGCAGCAGCCGGCCCCUGUCACAAAACAGGAGGCCGAGGACAUGGGCGCCGCGCCCAAGCCCGCGCCCGCGCCAUCGCUGGCGCCGCCACAGCAGCAGCCGGCGCCUGCACCCGCGCCCGCGCCCGCGCCCGUGGCGCAAGCACCCGCGCCCGCGCCCGCGCCGGCCCCGGUGCCGGCGCCGGCGCCGGCGGCGGUGAUGGGGCCGCCGGGCAUGAUGCCGCCAGGCAUGCCUGGCAUGCCCAUGGGGGGUCCCAUGGGCAUGAAUCCGAUGAUGAUGGGCAUGGGCCCGAUGGCGAUGGGCAUGCCUGGCAUGGCGCCGCCGAUGAUGGGCGGGAUGGGCCCCAUGGGCAUGCCGCCCGGCAUGGCGCCCCCUGGCAUGCCGAUGGGCGUGCCGGGCAUGCCCAUGGUGCCGCCGCCGGGCAUGGCGCCGCCGGACCCGUCCCAGAUGUUCUCGAUGAUAGGCAUGGCAAUGUCAAUGGGCAUGCACCCGCCCGGCGCGUACCCUCCGCAUGCAGCAGCACCGCCGGCCGCCGCGCUGCCGCCCGGCGCCGGCGGCGCCGCCGCGCGGGGCGCGAUGCCGCCGCCGGCACCGGUGCGGCAGCAGCGCGGCGCAGGUGCUGGCGCAGGGGUGACGGCGGGCGGGGGCGCCGUGCCUAUGGAGACCAGCGAAUUUGCGGGCAUGUUUGACGAUCCAUUUGGGGGCCUGGCUGCGGCGCCCGCGGGGCCCGGCGUGGGUACCGGCCCCGGGCACGCCGGCGUCGGCGGCGGCAGCGGCAACGGCGGCGGCGGCGAUGACGGCGUUGGCGAGUUUUUGGACUAUUUCCUGAAGUCGCCGUGA